AGAUUCGAAGUCAAACAGUAUGCCACAGACUACGAAAUGGAGCCACUGACAUUCSUGCGAGSUAAGUGAUGAAUCUAUUUCGAUUCUCGUGUACACUGAGGAAAACUCAAAGAAGAAAAGACUAUAAAAAUCAAGGAUGGCAUCAAAAAUCCACACAAAUAACGAAGCUUGGACCCGCGACGAUUGGCUUAGAUCCACUCGKGCACUGUGCGACGCAUUUGCCAAUCACGGUACCGUAGAACAAAUCAUCAACUGUUUCUCAUCGUCUCGACCCGACGAUAUUCUUUUGUUCGAACACGGCCUGCCCGAAUUGGCGCCAUUUCUUGGGAGAACCUUUCGGGGAAAGCAGGGUAUUCGAGACUACUUUGGAAUCGUUUCCAAACACUUGUCCUACRAGGACAUGWCGUUUUCGGAUUAUAUUUUAGACAAGGAACUCAGGGUGGCUUCGGUGCGUGGAGAGGCYAAAUUUACAUGGAAAUCGACGGGGAAGAGCUGGAAAGAGGUCUUCAUUUACCGGAUACAGCUCGACGAGGAUGCAAACGUCAUGGUCUAUGAGGUGUGGGCGGAUUCUGGAGCUGCAAAUCUAGCAAGCUUAAAGUAAACGARKAUGUGCAAUAAUUAUAUCAAGCACACCAUAUCCCUAUGUUCUGAACUUUUCCAAAACAGUUUUAAACAWUGAAGUUAAGGCAGCGAGAUGACGCUUAUUCCAUUUCUCCGCUAGAAACUGAUGUGAUUCACCUUUGACUUUGACUGCGCUCCAAGCACCCAAUUGAUUGAAUAUCUUCGUCAUGCUCGCAUCUGUCCUUUUUAUKAUCAGUUUCUSCAACGGAUACACCGACAAUUACGAGUCCUUGAGGAUAGAUCUUUGGUCGUAUUGCACGACAGCCACAUUCGAUUUGCAUCGAUUUGCAAUUGUAUCUUCAGCUGACGUCACGUGCUAUCAUGCCUCCGUUUCCUCUGUACUUUGAUCUUCUGYAAAACACCAGCUUCCUGGCACCCAAGCAUCAUCGGAAUUGCGUGUCUGAAUUCUGUGACGUUUAUUCGCUUUUGCAAUUCGUCUGAUAAGUCUCCUGCUUCUCCCCGAGACUUGCCUACUGCCGCUGGGGCUUCCAUUGACCAUCGACUUCGUAUUGUUGUCAUUAUCGUCAUUGCGAACUCCAUAAUUGUUGUCAUUGACGAUGCGAUCAUCAUUACCAUAUUCAUCAUUUGAAUUGGAGGUAUGAUAUUCGUUAUUUUCGUCCUCAUCAAAGAGUCCUUCAAUGUCGAUAUCCGGGCCGUCUUCGUUGUAAAAGCCAUCGGCACGUGCACUCUCCGUCGCCUUUCGAAUUCCCCGUAGGUAUUUGAAAAGGCUAAUCAGCGCCGAGCGGUCUGCGAUUUCGAUGCCGCUAUUGUCACUAGUGAGUAGCUUUUCAAUAUCCCGAGCAAAGAACUUUUUUGCGAAAACGCGGACAUCGAGAGGCGUCUGGCAGCAGAGACGUUUGGAUUGAACCGUGUCGAUCCAAGAAAAYUCAUCUAUGUGAUUGCUAUCAUACACUCCUCGGCGACAGCUAAUGAAUCGCAAUUGACACAUCGCACAAACAUUGGUUCUGCAUGUGACGUUCGRACAAUGGGAAAUUUCCUGAACUGGCUUGCGAACACAGCAAAUCUCACACUCGAGCAAGUUAUUUCCGGAAUUUACUGUUGUGCGUAUAGAAGCGAGUCGCGAUGAUCUACGCGUAUUAUCUUCAUACUGCUGUUCGUCGUUGCUGCUACUGCUAUGGUUACUGUCCAGCCAGCACCAGCUCCYUCUGCUCCAACCAUCGAAACAAAUUCCAUCGUCUUCGUACUUUUGCUCCUCAACCUCUUCCCAGCACCAGUCCCCCACCUCCCAGUCGUUAUUCUGACGUUGUUUGUUGGAAAAUUUCCCACCAGUCAAUACCGAGUAAGGGUAAUAUCGACUUUGUUU